GUUAGCUCCCGCAGGCUAACUUUGUCUCCCAGUUGUUGUGCGGAUCUCCCGAAGUUUCGGGACUCGGUUCGGUAAUUUUGGGUCUUUCUUUUCUACAUCGAUGUGAAUUUUACCGAGGAGACGGAGAAAUGAACGGGAGCACCAAUCCGCUGCUGGACAAAGAGGAGCAUGUGCUGAAGCUCGGAGAAAGCUUCGAGAAGAGGCCAAAAUCUUCCUUUCACACCAUCAGAUAUGACUUCAAACCAGCAUCUAUCGACACGAGCUGCGAGGGAGAGCUACAAGUUGGGAAAGGAGACGAAGUUACCAUCACGUUACCUCACAUUCCAGGCUCCACGCCGCCCAUGACAGUGUUCAAAGGAAACAAGCGGCCGUACCAGAAGGACUGCGUGCUCAUCAUCAACCACGACACCGGCGAGUUCGUGCUGGAGAAGCUGAGCAGCAGCAUCCAGGUCAAGAAAACCAGGGCGGAGGGCAGCAGUAAGAUCCAGGCGCGCAUCGAGCAGCAGUCGGUUCGCUCCAGUCAGCCCAGCUCUCAGUUCCGGGCCCCCACCAAGCCGGGGGCCGGGGUCAAGACCUCCCCGUCCCCCUCUAAAGAUAAUCCCUCCCCGGAGCCUCAGCUCGACGACAUCAAGAGAGAGCUGCGAGCGGAGGUGGAGGUGAUCGAGCAGAUGAGCAGCAGCGGCAGCAGCAGCUCCUCCGACUCGGCCAGCGCCUCGGGGAGCGGUGACGACAGCAGCAGCAGCGACGGCGAGCACGACCCCCCGACCGCUCAGCCAGACCUCCCCAAACGCCACCCGAUGGUCAACGGAGGAGCCGACCGGCAGCAGGGCAACAACCAGCUCAUGAACACACUCCGAAACGACCUCCAGCUGAGCGAGUCGGGCAGCGACAGCGACGAACGACUGAACUCUCUGCUGGUCAGUCCCCCCUCCCUCCCCCUCUCUGCCUCCCCCUCUCUGCCUGCCUCUCUCUGUCGGGGCAGAAAAUACCCCAAAACACGGAAGAAGCCCUAA